AUGCUGGUUCUGAUAUUUGAUGGACACAAUGGGUCUGCUGCUGCUAUAUACUCCAAGCAAAAUCUCUUGAAUAAUGUUUUGGCUGCUAUCCCAUCAGAUCUCAACAGAGAUGAGUGGGUUGAAGCAUUGGUUUCAAUUUUGAAGCAUCUCAAGGAAAAUCUGCUCCAUCUGUUCUGUUUUGGUGCUCCAAAUGGACUGAAAGAGGUGUUCCACUUGGGUGUAACUGCUGGUGCUUAUAUUCUUACACUCUUUGCUAUGAAAUAUAGAGAACGUGUACGUGGGUUGAUCCUUGUUUCCCUUGUAUGCAAAGCACCUUUGUGGACUGAAUGGCUUUAUAGCAAGGUUAUAAUUCCUUUGUUAUAUUUCUAUGGAAUGUGUGGUUUAUUAAAGGAAUGCCUUCUCCAUCGCUACUUCAGUAAGGAGCUUAGGUCUAGCAUGAAUGGUGCAGAAUCAGAUGUAAUACAAGCUUGUCGAAGGUUACUAGACGAAAGGCAAAGUUUGAAUGUCAUGCGCUUUCUUCAAGCAAUGAAUAAGAGGCAUGACCUUACAGAGGGCUUAAAGAAGCUACCAUGCAAAACACUCAUUUUUGUGGACGAUUGCAGUCCAUUCCAUACUGAAUCAGUGUAUAUGAAUGCUAUGAUAGAAAAAAAGAUAUGCACUCUUGUUGAGGUUCAGUCAUGUGGCUCGCUAGUGACAGAAGAACACCCAUACGCAAUGUUGAUUCCCAUUGAAUUCUUUUUAAUGGGGUUUGGCUUAUACAGGCAACAACUACCUUUAUCUGCAGCAUCAAGUAAUGGAUCAAACCCUGCCAAACUUGUCUUAGCUUUGGUGAAGAUGUCCGCAACUUGA